GCCCGCGUUUGUCGUUGGAUGCGGCGUGGGUUGUUUGUGUUUUGUUUUCGGCGGUUGUGUUUGAGUGGUGGUUUUGGAUGCUUCUCUUAAAAAUAGUCGAUGAAAAGUAGCCAAGCUAUUUGCCUCUCACCAUGAAGAUCUUCUUACCGUCUUUUCAAGACUGUUAGACUGUUCUCUCCCCUGCUGAGCCGCUGAGCCGCCCGCAGUGAGCCGGUGAGCCGCCCGCGUUGAGCCGCUGAUGGCGGCCGGCGACCUACAGAUGGCCGGCGCGCCGGACGCCGAGCGGGAUAGCCCGCCGCCGACCAAGGCCGGCGCCACGUUCGGCUUCACGCCCGCCCAGCAGAUGAUGUUCCAGAGCAGUAACAUGAACGGCCAGCGGGUGGUGAUGGUGACGCCGGAGGUGGCCCGCAGCCUGGGACUGGUCUCCGGCGCCGGGACCGGCUCUGGCGGCGACGGCAGUGACAAGGAGGCCGCCGCCGCCAUCAAGAUCGAGGAGGAGUCCGGGGACGUCAGUGUCAGCGUGAUGGAAACAGAGGAUGAUGACGGGAUGAUCGACCCGGACCAGUUUCUGGAGGUGGAGCUGGCCUCUGGAAAGGCCGAGGCCGUGGUCGAUGAGGACCUCACCUCCCUCUCCUGGCUGCACAGUAAAAACCUCCUCAAAGCGUCGGACGUCAAGUUCCGGCAGCGCUCGUCGGUCAGCUCAGAGUCGGCGGCGGCCGAGGGGCGGCUCGGGCCCAUGUCUGCCGCCCCGCUGCUGGUCGAGGAGGGAGUCGCUGAGCACAGCGAGGAGUCCCCCACCUCCGACUACCUAGAGGAUGUGCCCGACACGCCGGCUGGCCGCGGCCGCGCGGCCCGCACCGCAGCCGUGGCCACCGUCGGCAGGAACGGAGACCUGCCCCGACCGCCGCAGAUCCUGGGCACGUUCAACUUCGGGAAGACCAAACGGCACCCGCCCCACCUGCCCUACGACCCGAAGGUUCACGUCCACUUCAAGCCGCCGUUCUCGUUCUCGUGUCUGAUCUUCAUGUCGAUCGAGGACUCGCCACAGAAGGCGAUGCCCGUGAAGGAGAUCUACAACUGGAUCCAGGAGUACUUUCCGUUCUACCAGACGGCACCAAUCGGGUGGAAGAACUCUGUGCGACACAACCUGUCGCUCAACAAGUGCUUCAGGAAGAUAGAAAAGUCGCCGGGUCCGGGCAAGGGCUCGCUGUGGACGGUGGACCCGCUGUACCGGCCGCACCUGAUCCAGGCGCUGAAGCGCUCGCCGUGCGUCCAGGAGGCGCCCUCGGCGUUCGGCUCCCGGGCCUCGGUCUACCGGCCAUGGACGGCGGCGGCCACGGCGCUCAGCGGCCCGCCGCAGCCGCUGCUGGAGUCGCCGCGCCGCGGCCCGGCCCGCCGGCCGCCCCCGCCCCCGUCCCCGGCGCCGGUAGAGACGCCGGGGCCCGGCGGAGACCCGCGCUCCACGGAGAGCCUGGAGGCGGCGGCCGUGGCGGCGGUACCUGUGCAGCACCCCCCGCCGCCCGCGACACCCGCCCAGCGCGGCACGCCACGCCGCCGAGGCAGAGGUGUCGGCCGUCCGCCGGGCAGCAAGAACCGGCCCAAGUCGGACGAUGGCGGACCCAACCCGGACCUGUUCCCGCUGCUCUCGCGGCGACUCCUGUCGAGUGGAGGGGACGGCGACGGCGCCGCGCCGGCUGGCUCCCAGGCUGCCCCCGCUGCCGCCCCCGCCGCCGCCGCCGCCGCCGCUGCCGAGGGGGAGGAUGAGCCGGCCGACGGCGAGCCUCCGCUGAUGAUAGUGCAGGAGCCGCCGGCACCGGAGACCACCCCGGCCCGCUGUCGAGUGAAGGUGGUGAAGCGGCCGCGCGACUCUGCCGGCCACGACUACGGACCUGUGCUCGUGUCGCCGGCCCACCGCCUGGCGUCCGGCGAGCCGGCCGCCGUUGCCAUCGCCAAGCGUCAACUGGUGGUGAUCCGUCGCAGUCCCGAGGAGGAGCACACGUACGCGGCGCGCCAGGCGCCGGCGGCCUCCCAGCACAGCGAGCUGCUGCUCAGCGACGACGAGGCCUUCUCAGACGACUCCGACCUGUCCGCGCACGACGUCAGCGCCCGGACGCCCGUUACCGUCACCUCCGCCGCCGUCGGCGGUCCCAGCCCGGAGGACGCCGGUGUGCGCUUUGUGCGCGAGGGCGCCAACCUGCUGCUGAACCUGGCCGGCGUGCCCGUGUCGAGUGCCGCCUCCCCGGCGGUACGUACCAUCACACUGCGCCGCGGCGUGGGCCGGCCGCCGGGCUCUCGCGGCCGCGGUCGAGGCCGAGGCCGGGGCACCGCCGUCCGAUUGACCCCCGGCGUCCUCCGGUAGCGCCGCCCCGGUCAGACCGAGUAGUGGUCUCUGGACGAGUGUGUGACGCGCGGAGUCGGUUUGUUACCUGUGUAGUGGGUAGAGGUCCUGUAGUCACUGGAUGUACCUUUCGGCCGGCGGCGCGAGUUUUAUCCGGCCCCGCCGUACAGCGUAUGUAGUAUCCCGCCGCGGCGCGGUCCCGGAACCGAGCGCGCCGGCGGCCUGUACAAAGCCGUGAUCUUGCGUAGUGCUGGUGCCGGCUGACCCGGUCGGCCGGCUGGCGGUGUUCGGUCGCUGCUCUGCUCUCUGCGCUAUGUAUGGCGUGUGUGAGCGGCCGGCGGAGUUGUACCGCGGCGAGUGAUCAGUGAUGGUGUGCUCUCCGUGUCUCCGAGCGGGGCACGGCGUUAUGAGCUCACUGAGCCGUGUGAAUGAGCUAUGUAUCGCACCGUUUCACCGUUCGGUAUCGUUUGUAUGGACUUGGCGUUGAUGUGAUGAGCAACAAAGCUACUGCUGACUGUU